UAGGCGGAAGCUAGCGCCUGUCUGCUGGUGAGCGGCAGACGGUUGAGGAAGACAAGGACACUCCGACAGCAGAGUCAAAAAAGUGGCCAGAGAUGACUUUAAUACAACUUGUACACUAAUGUGACCCAAGAGGACAUAAACCCAAACAUGGUUUACUUCGGAGUAUGCUGCGCCAGCCUCAAGGACAACAAGGCCCUGAUGAAGAUGGGGCUGGGGCUGGUGCUGGUGGGCCAUGUCAACUUUCUUCUUGGAGCCCUAGUGCACGGCGCCGUGCUCAGGCACAUCAACGUGCACUCUCAGGCCCGCACCAUGGUCUACGCCACCUCUAACGUCCUUGCCAUUGUGGCAGGCCUGAUGGGAAUUAUUGGAGGAAUAACUGCCAUUGUCUUGUCCAAAAACAAGAAGAACAGGAUCUUGGUAAAAAAACAAACAAAAAAAACCGCUCCCCUCUCAAUGACACAGCUCCGCCCUCCUCCAUUCACCACUCACAUCUGUCCUUCUGUGGCUCCUGUCAGAACUUGCCCUCUGUUUCUGACUAAGCGCAUGCAGUGGGUCCUGUUGGUCUUCGGCUUCCUGACUGGUCUCUUGGCAGUUGCCUCCACCGUGGGCUUGUCGGUUUCUAUGGUGAAAGCCAUUAUUGACAAAGGCAAAGGUCUGCUAACACACUGCACGUAUUCUGUGAAAGACGUCGGCUCUUCCAGCAUCACAUACGAAUGCCCCUUUGACCCCACACGUAUCUAUGGGACCACAAUCAUUCUGUGGGUGCCCCUCAUCUUUAUGUCGAUGGUGGAGACGGUGUUCUCCUUCCGCUGCUUCGCUGCCUGCACUUCAUUCCUUUACCUCUGUCCGUGCACCAGGAGGAGGCCGAUCCAGGCUAGAAGGGUGAGAAUCCAAAGACCAAUCCCAGCGCCCACACCGGUACAAGACCCAGAGAUUGGUGCGGAAGCUGAGCCGGCGGAGCAGGAUGAGCUGCUGGACGGCGGCACCGGAGCCGAGCUGAGUCAAUGGCUCUGACUCAGCUCAUAGGUUGCAGACUGCUGGAUGCAAAAUCAUCUGUGAAGUUAUUGUAAUGCAUGUCUAAUACACACUUAAUGUCUGAGGAAGACAUUUGUGGGACUUGAUUCAGCAAAAAGCAAUGAUAUUUUAUUUACCUCAUCAUAGUUUUUUUUGAUCUGAUUGUUUGUAAUGACAUUGCCUUAAAAAUAAAUGUCAUCUGUAUGUUGUCUUUAAA